AUGCCGCCUCUACGUGAGAACUGCGCCGUGCCUUUCUGGCUUCUAAGCUGCGCCGCUCUGCAGGACCUGCACCGCCGCCACGCGCAGAGAAGCGUCACAUUUUGCGGGAAGCUUCCUCUCCUGUUCAGCUUCACCGGAUUUCUGUUACUUUGGCAGUUCUCCUGCUUCGCACUCCUACUGCAGGCUGGUGCACUUCACGCGAUGAUGCUGCUCCAGCUGAUUUCGGCCGAUUUCCUGGCUGUAGUGUCGCAGCUGUACGUGUGGUCCGUCUUGCUCAGCUCCUUCCUCCGCUUGGGAGACACCUGGGCAGUCAGGUCGCCCCUGUUCUGCGUCUCAGUGGCCUCAGCAGUGGCGCUUCGCUUGUACGCCGAGCAGCCGGGAUGGCGGGGACUGCUCUUGGGCUUUGUGUCAUGGUUUGCAGUCGCAGCUUUGCUCCGGUUGUCGCUGCCUUCAUCAGAGGACGACGCACACAUCCAGAGUUUCCUUCUCUUCAGAGUCCAGGGGCUGCUGCACGACUUCUUGCCCCGCCUCGUCGCCGUGCCGGGGAAGCUGGACUAUCAUGCGGCCCUCUACGCCGGCCAGCGAAGCUUCAGCUCGCCCUCGCUUCGGGAGCUUCCAGCGCCCUUGUUUGCAGCAGGCCUUCUGGGUGCACUGGCUAGCAUUCGCCGUGACUUUGCCGCUGCUUUGCGGCUGUUCCUUGGAAUGGCCACUGCUCCGCUUUUCUUCCUCAUGUUGAGAUAUCGCAUGCUCUUCUACCCGCACUUGGUUUUGCUAGGCUCUACGCUGGCUGAAAUUCCCGUUGGCCGCUUUCGGCGCCCUUUGGUCGUGGCUCUCCUGGCCCUGGCAGAAGCGAACCUUCACCUUGCUGGAGUCUCCUGGAGCCAAGGCCACCAGACGCAGAGCAGAGAUGAGGAGAAGGCACUUGGCUGGGGUUUGGGGGGAUGCACGACAGGUGGAGCGAGAACAUGUCAUGUCUUGGGUCCGGAAGCUUGGCAGAACGUUACGCUUUGCCCCCGAGAUGCUAUCUUCCAGGAAUUGUGUGCCACCCACACUACGAGUCAGCGCGACUCCGGGAAAGCUGCUUCUGGGCCGAUAAACUUGUCGGUCACAGGAGCCUUGCAGAGUCCGGGCCUUGGCAAAGUUCCUGCAAAUUUUGGUGGCUGUGCGAGCACACGGUAUCACGACAUCAUCAGCACAAAGUUGCUGAAAGGUGCGAGUCGCCAGGCCUACGUCCUGGUUUCUCUGAAGGAUUGCUUCAGUGUUAACGAAGCCGGCCAGUCGACAUCGGAGUUGGUCGAGAUGGAUGAGCCCUGGAGGUUUGCCCAGCCCAAGACUUGCGACUUGCUGUACCGCCUGGGCUUCGACAAGGUGCCCCGUGGCUUCCAGCCACGCUGGCUAGGCCGUUGGUACGCCUUGCUGGAGGUCCUCGCGGAUAUGAAAGAGCCAGGAAAGCCACUUCAUCCGACUUCGUCUCGAAGGUGUGCUUUCGGCCGGUAUCUAUUGGAGGAGGCAUCCGAAGCAGAACAAGCCCGGGCACUGCUGACGUCUCUUUCGCCGAAGGCGUUGCGGAAGCUGCCGGUGGCCUGCAGCUGUGCAGCCGAGAUGCUCGGAGUUGCCGAGGUGAUGCACGACGCUCACUCCCGUGCUUUGCAGGAGCGUGAUGACCCGCUUGCUGGAGCAUUUGGAUGCUGCGAAGUGGGACCGAAGUUUGUGGCCUGCCUGAGCGACAAGGCCGUGCGGUUGAUGCGCGAAGCUUCGCCAAGUCUUGCGGAGAUUUACUUCCGGAAAGCCUCGGAAUACACAUCGUCUCCCAAGGCUGUAGGCUUCCUGGCAUUCGCGAGGCUGCAAGCUGGGAUGAACCGAGAGGCCUUGACGAGCUUCCGUCGCACAGCUGAGCUCGAGGGAAACUCUCCUACUGGGACCACCCUUUGCGGGGAAGCCAGCGCGUUGGCUAGUCUUGGCGAUUUCAAUGGCGCCGCUGACGCCAUGCGGCGUGCCGAUCAUGCGGACAGCAGGCAGAGAUGCAGUGAGCAUCAUGCAGGCUUGAUCCGGAAGGCCUAUGAGCAGCCCUCGCACGAGUGGCUCACAGGCUACCGCAAGCUCCAGGAAGCCUGGGGGUCAGUUAGCACGGUGGACGGCUGGAGGCAGUUUCUGCAGCAUCCAGGUGCGGCGGACAGGGUUCAGGCGUCCAUUCGAGUGGGAACGGAGAAAGCCAGGGUGCUUUUCCUGGGCCGGCCGUCAGUACAUCUACACAGCGUGGUGCAGAUUCUGCGGAUCAUCCGCGAGGUCCAUAAUCUUCAUUGGCCCGCCGAGUUCUGGAUCGAGGCAGCCGAUGCCACGAUCCUGGAUGAUGAUGCCUCCCAGCGCCUGAAAGCGCUGGGAGCUGCUUUGCGGGCUGUGCCUUCCCCACAGGGCGACUUCCCAGAAGACCAUCCCUUUUGGAGGUGGCAGGCACGGUUUGCCCGUCAGUAUCGGCAAAAUCCGGAGGCUGUCUCGAGGCUGAAGGCUUACUCGCUGAAGCCCGUCAUCCUUGCGAUGAGCGAUUGUGACCCUUGUUUCUUUCUGGAUGCCGACAAUGUGCCCCUGCGGUCGCCACAGGAGCUCAUUCGGACCUUGGAUGAGUUCCCGGCAUUGUUCUGGCCGGACUUUUGGCCUGCCCCAAGGACGGGGUUGUGGUCGUCCUUCUCGACGACAAAGUCCCAGGAGAGUGGCCAGCUGAUGCUGAGGAAGACAGCCGAGGUCCAGGAGGCCUUGCUGCUAGCGGCGCUGCUGGCUGUGCGCCUGGACAUCUUUAUGGAGGCCAUCUAUGGGGAGCAAGGCCAAUUGAUGUGCGGCUAUGGCGACAAGGAUGUCUACCAGCUGGCCUUCCGGCUUUUGGGGGUGAAGUUCCACAUGGUGGGCUCCUCCGGCCCCAGUGUGCUUGUCACAACUGGGGGGGACUACGCUGGGCUGGUGCAGCUGGAUGACGACAGGCAGUCUCUCUUCGCCCACGGGUCCAAGGCCAAGGAAAGGCUGUGGCAGCUUCUUCAGGCCGAUGCCUUGCAGCGAUGCGAUCUACAGGAAGAUAAGGCGAACAACCUCUCUUGCACAGCCACACGGGGAGCCGGGUC